UUUAAGAGCCACUUUGCACCAUUUYUUGAAGAACAAAAGAAAAUUUGUGUCCAUCAGUUCAACCCCCUUAAUGCUUUCAAGCUUUAUAAAAGUGCAACCUGUUACAACUUACAAGAUAUUGUCUGGAGCAACUUGGAAAGYGUAGGACUACCGAACUCUUAUAAACCUGAAGUUAUAAAAGCAGAUGAUUUAAGGUUGUUACAUUCUACUUAUAAGAUAAUUUAUUCUGAUAGCAACGUACCAUUAUCAUCACUCUCAUUAACAUGCCGGAAAUAUAGAAAUAUAUUUCUUGGAGGUGAAAAGUUUGGAUCAAGGAUGGAAAGCAGAAKUCUUCGAUCUGCAAGGGUCUUAGCCUCUUGGACAGAUGUAAAUGGGAACAUUAACCCUUCAGCUUUUAUCAGACCAGGACAAGUUAAUUGUUACAUUAAACAUUGCUCAGAGAUACAUGGGGUACCUCUACAACACAUUUUUGCUUGUGUUUGGUACAUGCCAGUUCAGCGCAUAAAACAUACGUUUGCCUCUUGUAAUACAGAGAUGAAUGGUGAAAAGAAGUUGGUACUUUMCCCAAUUCCUCGAUUGUUCCAUUGAGCUAGGACUAUGGUAUCUAAUUUUGUGAACUUUUGUUAUCAACAUAACAUUGAAACUUUGACCAUGAGCUUUCCAAUUUAGAAUAACUUUCGUUUUCGGAUAAAGGGUAGCCAUAUGAAAGAAACUUGUCAGAGAAAUGAGAUUAUAUUUAAAAUGUAUUUACUUGUUAUUAGAUGUUUUUUAUUGCAUUAGUUUAGCAUUGUAAGAGCCAAGUAGUAUAGGGGAUGGGGGUUCCAAAACAGUGACCACCGAAGGAUUACCGGUCUAAAGUGAAUUCCUCGAUUCGUACCGCGAUUACCCGCAUCCCGUGUCUAUGUAGUUAAAUAUGUUAAGUCUAUAUAUGGAGUGUGAAGAAUGUAAAGAGUUUGCUUAUGACUUUUGUAUAGAAUGUCUUAAACCCAGAUUCAUACCUACUAAA